GAGAGAGAGAGAGCUCGUAGCGGACAACGAAGAGAAAUCACGAAGGAGAGAGUACAAAAUCAAAAAAGGUAAGUUAUGGCCAGGAUCGUAACAUUCAUCAUCAUCCAGGGAUUCUGAAACACGUGUGUUGGCAUCUGACUUUUUUUUAUAUACACACUCGUUUCUUGCACCUACGACGCUGUAAAACUGCUUAUUUGCCGUCUAAACACAUGAAGCUAUGGUCAAAGAAAGUUCCUCGUGGUGACUUUGAUUCUGGAUUUUUCGAGAUUUUUCGAAAUUUUUCUCGGAUUGUUUCGGAUUCAAAUCCGAAAAAUCCGCUGUUUCCUCCUUGACCUAGAUUCGAAAAAUCCAAAUCUUUGAAUGUUUUCAGAAAGAACCAUAUAUUUUCAUCAUUUCAUUAUACAGUGCUAUUUGAAACGUCUACAGGACUAAAACAUCACUAUGCUGACGUUUUCUGAAAUUCACUAUAAAAGUAGUGAGUGCAAGUUUUGAUUCGAAUCUUUUCUUCUCCCCUUCGUAGCCGCCGCUUUUCUACAGGCAUAACUUCUUUAGAAAUAAACUUGCUUGAAUGCAGAUUUUAUAAUUACAUGUUCUUCUCAUGUAAGUAGAUAGCAUAAAAAUGGGUAUCGACAAUGUUCUGUUGUUUGUUCAGUGCAUUGAAUCUAUUUUUUAAAUUGUACGCUUCAAUAACAUCAAUUAUGUAAUAUCAUGUUUGUCAUAGGUGCUCUCAGGCGUGUCACUCAAGGAAAAGGACGUGCUCGAGGUGAGCUGUGGUCGAGGUAAUGCCGCCGCGUGGUUUGUUAACAAAUACGCACCUAGUUCCUAUGUUGGCAGCGAUAUCUCUCCAAGUGCCAUUGCUCUUUGUCGAAAAAAACAUUCAAAAGUACCUACGCUGUCAUUUGUUGAAUUAGACGCAACCAAACAUUUCCCAUUUCCAAAUGAAUCUUUUGACAUAGUUUUGUGUAUAGAAGCAACACAUCUUUAUGGUGGUCCACAAAUGAUUGAUCGAUUCGUACAUGAGGUCGCUCGUGUACUUCGUCCCGAUGGAUUUUUUUUGUGGUGUGACAUCUGCUAUCAUGAUGGUUCAAAAAGAUCGAUUGAUUAUCUGACAGCAAGUGGCGAAUUGCUCAUCCAAGAUAAGAUUGAUAUUACAAGUAAUGUCCUCCAUUCGCUCGAUAUUACUAGCAAGUCUCAUGAAGAAGUAAUCAAGCGUAUCAUUCCAUCCGAGCAGCAGGAAGCUUAUCGUGUCUGGGCUGGAUUACCUGGUACUAUAAUGUACGAGAAUAUGCGUGAAGGACGCAUGGACUAUUGGCGCGCUGUAUUCCAAGAUAGUAUUUAUACAAAUGACAAAGAUGACGAUGAUAAUGAUGAUAUGAAAUCAAACUCAUCCGAAUCUCAAAUAAAUCCAGCAUCAUCAUCAUCGUGUCGUGAUAUUGAUGAAUUUGCAAUUGAGUUAGGUUCUGUUUGUAAGAAAUGCAUGGUUCUUACAGAAGAAAAAGAUAAUGAUUUAGUUGAAUGUCAUGCUAAACAUCAUCAAAAGUGCCAUAAGCCACCCGUUAGUACAACUAAUAUUAGUGAUCCUCGAUAUUUAUGGUGUGGUGCAAAAUGUGGAAAAUUAAUUAAUAAACGACAGCAAUCACAAUUAUCCUUAAAAAAAAACAAAAACAAAGAGUAA